AUGGAAAUUGCGAAAGUCGUUGCUGCUCCUGGUGCUUUCGGAAGUUCUCUUCGGAUGAGUGGAGGGUCCAAUGCUGCGCCAAAAGGCAAGAGGAAGACACCCACAGAGCUGAGAGGAGAACAAUUGAAGCAGCCUGGUUUCGUGGACCAAGUUAAAGAAUCUUGGGAUGCAUUGCGCCAAUGCAAAAGUACUGAGAGGGAAAGUGGGACUAAGAAACAAGAACAUUUGAAGAAUCCAAUCCGUAUUGGUGAACUAUAUCCUGUCAAAAAGGCUCGGCCUUGGAUGCCCCCGGGCAAAGAAAACUCUAAGGAAAAUGGCGCGAAAGAACAAUCCAGCGGCCUAGCUAAUGUUUCUUUACUCUCAAAUGUUGUUGCCAGUAGAAGACAACAACUUAUCCGUAAGGACAAUAAUGCUUCUACUGAAGAUCCUAAUGGUUCUAACGCCGAAUCUUGUCAAACAACUGAGAGAUGUAGCCAGAGCAUGUUUCGCAGUGUCACAGAACUUUCAACCAGGGGUGAAGAAUUAUCCUGCUUCAAAGAUAUUGAUAUGAACGAAGCACUGAAAGGACUUGCCUCUUGUAAACCAUUGCCGAUUCAUCCUGGUGACAUAGCUGGAGAAUCUGAUACUUUAAGUGGAAAAUUCGUGUCUGAGUUUCAUGUUCCUGGGCAAAAGAUUCCUCUGGACCUUUCCAUGAAGACUUAUGCUCGACUUGUUUCCUCUUCUCCAUUAAAUUGGUUACAUAGGUCAACCAUGGGUAGCACCUACAAUGGUAUGCCACAGCUGAAGUCAUUGUCCUGCAAUGUAGUAAAUCAAGAUGACGGUGGUUCUGGAUCAGCUGUGGUUUCCCAGGUGUUAAAUUCCAUGUCGCUACACUCUUGGGUGUAUCCUCAGUCCACUUUGCCUCCUUUUAUCAUUUCAGCAUUGGUUGCAUCUGGACCAGAAAGAGGUGAAGUUGAUUUCCUACAAAAGCGACAAUUGGCAUGGGAAGAUGCUUUUCGAAGUCUGUAUUUCAUGUUUCGGAAGAAUCUCUGCAAAAUAUUCUAUGUCUGUACUUCACAGUUUACAGCAAUGUUCACCGGAAGCUGUGAGUCAGUGGGUGUCAAACGCUCAUGCAAUGCCUAUAUCACCCAGUCAACUAGAAGAUUGAGAGCCAAUCUCAAAGACCUUGACAUCUGCUACUCUAUGCCUCUUUGCAAAACUAAAAUGGAUGAAACCACUGUGGAAGAUCUUGCUGAACUCUCUGAGAUAGAGAAUCAUAACCUUGGCCAGACUCGUCGUUCCCGUUCCGUCUCAACCAUAGAUAAUACUCCAGAAUCUUUCUUGGCUUUUGAUGGAAAUGAGAGCGUACAUGGAUUGUAUGAUCUUCUGUUAAAUUAUAGGUCUUCUUUGGGAUUCCUUCUCACCGCAGACGUUCCUGUAUUAUAUGCACCUGUACCAUUCCAGAAUGCUGCAGUAUCUUCUCCUGAGAUCAAGUGCUCGGAGAUGGUGAAAACAGAUCGAACAAGUUGCUACAUGGUCGAAAUUAAGGGUGAAUAUCUUCCGCCGUGGAUUAUUAGCAAUGUUUGUGGAAAUGUGGUUGCUUAUGGGCAAAACUUCGAAGCUAGCUUUGUAACCGAGCCAACCUCGGUUAGCUUAAACAUGGGUCUACCACAGAUCCCUGAGAAAACGGAGCCUGAGACUCGAGUCAUGGAAGGCACAGGAGAUACAAACGAUGAUGCGUCUGGCAUUCCCGGAGCAGUGAUCUGCCCUCAGCUUCGAUCAGGCCAUCUAAAGAGCUUGAAGUAUUGCGACAAGUCUUACACUGUUACGCUGUCUCCCUCGUGA